UUUCUGAUCUUCUCCUCUCACUGUUGCUUCUAAACUCCUGAAAAAUAACAAAAAGAAAAACAUAAUCUUACAACAAAAGAGAAGAGUAUCCUCAGCAUCUGCUCUUCUCUAGAUCUAUUAGAGAAUUUGAGUGAUUCAACUGAAUCAAGAUGCUGCUGAUCAUUGAAGCUCUUCUUCUCAUUUUAGCUGCUCUAGGACAGGAUCACAGAGCAGCUGCUGGUGUUAAAAAGAUAUUUCGACUGGAUUUGGCAAAUAAUUCAGUUGAUGAUCAAUAUGAUGGCUGUGAACAGAAAAUGGCACAUCGGGUGGAGACAGAAUAUCUAAAGAAGGAAAUUAAUAACUCACCUGAUUAUAAAAUUGCUUGGAAAAAAGGAGAAGACUUUGUCAAGGCCCAAAAUAAUAAACUAACAAAGAAUAAUUUAAUCGCUCUUUAUGUGUACAGUGAUAGUCAUGUAUUUAAGCUUUUUAAUCCUGACACUCGUUCUGGUAAAACAAAGUACAUACAAAUGAGAUUCAAAUGGUAUUCACUUCACUUUCUGUUAACAGAAGCGAUACAGAUUCUGAAGAAACAACAAAAUAAAUGUUAUUCAACUUUCCGUGGUACCAAAGCUAAAUUUAAUGAGAGUGUUCUGAACAAAGAGGUUCGUUUCGGCUCAUUUGCUUCCUCAUCUCUUGAUCGUAAAAAAGCACGGGGUUUUGGAAAUGUGUCUUGUUUUGAAAUCUACACUUGUAAAGGUGCUGAUGUGUCAAAAUACUCUAAGCUUCCUCAUGAGAAAGAAGUGCUGAUUCCUCCAUAUGAGAAGUUUAAAGUCACUGCUGUCAAGAAAAGAAAACAGCAGAGCAAUCUCUGGUGUGAUACUGUGUUCACUUUAAACAACACUGGAACACAAAGUAACCUGAACUGUGCUCUAUUCAAGAAACAAAACAAGACCAGAAUGAAGAAAUAUUUUGUGCACUGAACAAAAUGCUUUAAUUCACAUGACAAAAUCAUGUACAUCAGUUCCAUAUACAAAGAAUGUUUUUCUCUCAGUUAAGUUCAAUAAGUCUUUAUCAGAAAACACAAUUUGUUUACAAAAUUCUUAACAUAAAGAA